UUGGUCGAUGUGGUCACGUGGGUUUAAGCGGGCCCGAAAGCGCGAAAAUUCAAAAACCACGGAAAGGCCCGAUAUUGACACCGUCUUAUAAACAGAGAGUCUAUGGGAGACAGGCUUUCCGUUAUUUGGAGCUUUCUUGAUAACGGGUUUCCAGCGAUUUGAUAAAAAGUCUUCAUUCUGAGCUCUCAAUGGCUGCUGGCCGUGCCACUGCACCAUGAGAACAAGCCCACGCAGGCCACUCAUACUCAAGAGACGCAAGCUCAGCCUCCCUCGUCAAGAUGCCACAGACUGCCCGGGGUCCUCCCAGCAGGGCAAAGCCGCCAUGAACAAAAUGGCGAAUCCACCUGAGCAAACCCUUGUCCAUGGCUUGGAAGAUAUGGCAUCCAAGACGAAAGCGCAUCAGGGGGCCCCUGGGCCAAACCUUGGGAGCGAAAGUGGGGAUCCUAUCACCCCUAGAAUAGGACUUCCAGCAAACUCACAGCAAAACUGUCAAGAAGGCGUUCCAGGCUUCAUUCCUGGGGUACGGAUCGUGGGUCACCCCACAACGCCGGACACUCAGCUGGUGAUCAUUCCUUCUCAAUCCAAUGUCCAGAGCAUCAUUCAAGCAUUAACCGCCCGAGGAAAAGAGAACGGCGGCCCCAACAAAUAUAUCAUCAUCAGCAGCGAAUCCGCUAUCCAGACUCAGGCGUGGCAGCAAGCGCUCCAAAUUAAAGAGGAAGAGAGUGCGCCCUUACAGUCAGAAGCAGCGUGCCUCUCCAAGAAAAAACCCACCGGGAGCAGCAGGAAAGCCAAGCAUCAGCAGGAGGAGCAGCUAAAUGCCAGCCUGUCCAACAUACAGUGGCUGGGGAACAUGAGCUCCGAGUCCUUGGGGCAAUACAGUAUAAAGGAGGAAGAACAUGAGGACAAGGAGAAUCAGAUCCCAGAGACAGGCUGCCCAAAGAUGGAAGAUGAAUCGCAACUUUUUCCUGAUCCACAAUGGCCCGUCUCUGUCACUGAGCGCCCCCCCUAUUCCUACAUGGCUCUGAUCCAGUUCGCCAUCAACAGCACCCCCAGGAAGCGCAUGACCCUGAAGGAUAUCUACACCUGGAUCGAGGAUCAUUUCCCGUACUUUAAACAUGUGGCCAAACCUGGCUGGAAGAACUCUAUCCGCCACAACCUCUCCUUGCACGAUAUGUUUGUACGGGAAAGCGAGGCCAACAACAAGGUUUCCUACUGGACCAUUCACCCCCAGGCCAAUCGCUGCUUGACCCUGGACCAGGUGUUCAAGACUGCAGUUUCCAUGUCUCCUGCAGACGAUGAACCGCAGCAAAAGAAAAUGAUCCCCGAUAUAAGAAAAAGCUUGCAGAGUGCAGCCUAUGCCAGCAACAAAGAAAGAAAGAUGAAGCCCCUACUUCCCAGAGUCAAUUCCUAUUUGAUUCCAGUGCACUUCCCUGUGGCUCAGCCGGUCCUGCUUCCAGCAACAGAGCCGUACGCUUAUGAGGCAGAAUGUCUGGAUAGGCACCAGAGCAGCAAACGUGUGAAGAUUGCCCCAAAGGCUGCGGCAGAUAAUGGGGAGAGUCCACAAUAUAUUGAGCCACGUUCUGUUAAAGAGGAGCCUGAGAUCACCGAUCUGAAUGGCGACGUUCCAUUUCGGUAUAAGCAGGCCGGCAGUUCCAGAAGGAAGCAGCAGCUUCUCCCUCCGCGCUCAGAAGAACCAGAACUUGUCCUGCCUGAGAGCAGUGCGUCCGAUUCCGGAUUGGAUACAGAUUUCUCCUUUCUUCAAGACACGUCUGCCCACCCUAGCCGGAAUCAUUCUUCCCAUCCAACCCAAAACGGCCCCUUUAAUUUGACCCAAGAAGGACUUUCCCAUCUCGCACAAGAAGGCCCAUCCUACCUAACCCAGGUCAGCUUCUCCCAUUUUACCCAGGAUGACACUUCCUACCUUACCCAGGAGAACCCCAUCCAGAUUACUCAAGAUGAGGACUAUACUUUCAAGACCCCCAUCAAAGACCGGUUCUCAAAGCCUCCCGCCUCUUCCACUCCCAGCAAGCCGACCGACACAGGCCUCCUUCAGCCUUCGGAAACAGAAGUGUGCCUCCCCAGAGACCCAGUGCUGGACUUCAGCCCUGUCCGUAUUCCUCAAGGCUCAACUUUUACCCCUUUUAAAGACAACCUUGGAACUUUGAGUUUUGGGGACACCCCGUUUAAGGAUUUUGGCCUAUUUGGCUCCCCCCAGAACCUUCUAAACACCCUUUCUCCUGCUGCUUCCCCACUACUGAAGCUCGAGAGCCCGUGUGGGUCACGCCAACAAAAGCGAUGUUCUAAGGAGUUGCAGGUGGGGGCUUCUGCUAACCGCUCACUACUGGAAGGACUAGUCCUGGACACCGUUGACGACAGUCUAAGCAAAAUCCUGCUGGACGUUAGCUUCAGUGGCAUGGAGGAGGCCAAUGGACUCGAGGUAGAAGGAGUGUGGAGCCAGUUUCUCCCUGAAUUCAGAUAAAACCAAGUGUGCUGUAGUCUUACCUUCCCCUUUACUUACCUGUGAGGCUCCUUCACAGCAGAGUUGCCUCCUCACCCCCUUAAAAACAGAAAACAUGAAAUCCACAUGCUGCAUGGCUAAUUUGCAGUUAACUCUAUGUGUGCCACCGACUGCUCUGUUUUUUUUUUUUCCAGCUAUGUAUCAGGCAUAUAUCUGAAGUGGAUCCAUGGAUAAUGUAGCUCUGGUUAUAAGGGUGUGAGCUGGCAACACUAAAUCAUGGAUAGGCACUACACGCUGGGAUUUGGAGUUUCUUUACAGAUAUAUUAUUUCCUAUAAUCUAUCUGGCUCCCUUUAUAAACACUGGGCAGUAAACCGUAGCAACCAAUCAGCCAACAGCAGGAUUAAACACUGAACGUAAGUAUCUGAUUGGUUGUCCAGCUGCAAGUUUGCCCAAUGCGUAUAAAUGGCAAAGCCCCCAAACAAUAAUGUACUGCUAUUUACCCUUUAGAGAGUCUAGACUUUGUCGUCUAUAUAGUGAACUUUAUUCUUGUUGUAAGUAUUGUCAGUUCGGCCGCCCCAAGGGGAAGCCAGGCUUUAGUAUAAAAGCACCGUUUUAUUUUCUAAAACUCUGAAUCAGCACCUAUUAGGCUUCAUCACCGGUGGUUGUGACUAAUAACUGCAGUUAUCGGCCAUGUUUUGUUCAUAAAUAAUACUGCUACAAUCUAUUUCUUAGGCGUUACUUUCCCUUGAACUCCAUGUCCCUUUAUUUGUAAAAAAUGUCAAGUGUUGCUGCUUGGUCUCUUUUUUAUUAACAACCUCUUUGCCAAUGUUAAACUGCUUGUUGGUGUUGGAUUCUCAUUCGUUUGGGCUGUGAGGGUGAAUGUACAGGGGGGAAUUUGAUCAUGGGAUCUUUCAGGAAGAAAUCAUGAUUAAAAGUACCUUAAAGGGCGUGGUUCACCAUUAAAAUGUUACUAAAUGGCGUUAUUUGGCCACAUUUCA